AUGUUGAGAGCAGUGGUGACCAGAGAACUCAGUAGUAGUGAUGUUCCACUUGAGCUGAUGUUACUUAGACCAUUGGCAGUGCAGGAAAACCAAGUCCUGAACAUCACUCUACGUCUGCAGGAUAACCGUCAGCCUGUCAUCCAACCGUGUUCAACAUGUGUAGCACUGAACCUUAAGUUAAAUCAGGUCAGCUGCAACUUCAACCCUAAAUCUUUUGACUCGAAUCUCGGAUGCUUGCGAGCCUUCUCUGCUUGGAGGACUGAACUUCAGAACAAGGGAGGAGCAGGUACAUGUCAAGACUCUGAACUGGACCGAAAGUUCCUUGAGCGAUACCGCAACUGCUUUGUUCCCCCCAGUAUUCAGUACAUCACAUCUCGUGUGGAGGGGUCGCUCGGUCAACCCGCCAGGCUGGUUUGUGUCACAAGAGGGAACCCAGCGCCCUCUGUCAGGUGGCUGCGGAAAGGCACCCUAUUCACAAACUCACAGGGAAACACCAUAAUCUUUGAUUCUGUGUCUGAUGCUGAUACUGGAAAAUACGUUUGUGUUGCUGAGGAGAGAGAGUUCUUCAAUAGAACUAUCAGAGCAAAUGCCACCUUGGAACUACGGGGAGAAGCCUGUGAGAGGUACCAGCAAGCACAUGCUCAACUUCUGGGUGAAUGUGCAACACCAGCUGCUGUCAUCCCACAGCAAGUAUGUGGGCAGUUUUUGGUCCCCUUUCGAAAUGGAACUGUUACUAUUGACCACAUUCAGGUAACAAUACGUGCAGAGGGACAGCUACCAUGGGUUCAGCCUGGCGAAGUAGCAGCUAUUGUUAACCUGAACAUCACAAUAUUGCAGACCAGAAACAAACCUCCGAUGGAGCCAGCACGCCGAAAACGCCAUGACACGGAAUCGAAAACUGCGGGCAAUCAUGCUGUGUUAAAACGUGGCAAGCGGCAAGAAUUAGGAGAUCCACAAGAAGAGAUCGUCCACCAACGGGUGUACCAGAAUGUGCUGGCAAUAGUUGAAAACGGUUAUGAAGUUACAGCAAACGUAACACUAGAGCCAGUGGAUGUCAUACCUGGCAAUACGUUACUGAUCAAAGUUGCAGAGGAGGGACCCAACAAGCCCACAGUUUGCCAAUUACGUGAUUUUGGUGCCUUCCCAGAGUUUCGGUUAAGAGGCUUCACUUUGCUGCCUUGUGAUUCACCAUCUAGCAAUGAUUAUGACGAAGAAUCCAUACCCACAGUUGAGCCAACUGAAGUUCCACUUCUGGAGAGAAAUGUUCCACCUUGUCAGCAAAGGUACAAUGACUGGAUUGUUGCGAGGCAAGCUGUACCUGAAGGUAACCAGUGUGUGGGAGAUGACUUAAAGUUUGUGACCCAACAGUACUCCACAUGUUUUGUUCCCCCCGAGGUCACCAUAGUUUCCCAGGAAGCUGAGGUGAUUGCAGGAGAGACAGUCACCAUCACAUGUGACACUGCAGGGUUUCCCAGUGACUAUAGCUACCAGUGGACAGUGGACGGGACAGUCAUGCCAAACCAAAGAGGUCCUGUCUUCAGGUAUGCUGCUGUAAGUGGUGUUCACAAGAUCAAGUGCAAGGUGACAAGUUCAGGUGGUGAGACCGAGUCUGAGGACAGCACUGUGACUGUGCUCCCGGAAGGAACUGUACUAUGCAGAGAUGUCCAGAGUCUUUUUACAGCUAUGCAAGGAUUAUGUGUCAGAGAGAAUGCAGCACGUGGGGCCAGAGCUACAGAUGAUGGCAUUUAUCCUUUUAUUGUGCCUUACCAAGGAGGAUUCCCACUUGCCAUGUUAGAAAUACAAGCAAUCUCGGUGACUGUUGACUGGAAUCAGUUCCCCAUGUACCAAAACAGUCUCAGAGAAGCAGGAUCUGGGACACUUACAGCACAAGCAACAUACUACAGCCUGGAGGGGCAAUCUUUCAGUGCAACUGCCACUGGGCAGGUAACUUCUGAGACAAGAGGUCCAGUGGAACUAUCAUUUGCCCAACAACUUGUAGUUGAAGAGACACAGAAUGUGAACAUCACUCUACAUCUGCAGCCAUCUGACUCUGACAGUACACCAGUUGUGAACCGCAACUGUUCAUCAUGUGUGGGGCUGAAAUUAUGGGCUUAUCGGAUAAACUGUGACUUCAGCCUUGUCAACCCUGAAUUGGAAUUCUUUGAAACCAAUGGACAAUGCCUGAGGGCAUUCCAAACCUGGUGGACCAAACUGUCAACAAGGGGUGGAUCAGGGUCAUGCCAAAACUAUUACCUGGACCAGUCGUUUCUUGAUAGAUACCGCAAAUGCUUUGUUCGGCCCACUCUACAGUACAUCACCUCUCCAGUGAAGGCUCUCUUCAGACAGCCUGCAAGGCUGGCAUGUGUUGCUAGCGGCGGCCCUCCACCGACAGUACGAUGGUUGCGGAAUAACAAACCAGUCAAUAAUUCUGACAGAAACACCAUUGUGUUUGACUCUGUCACUCCAGCUGAUACUGGGAAUUAUACCUGUAUUAUUGAAGAGAGGGACUUCUUUAAUGAAACUGUGAUAGCAACUGCCAGCUUGGAACUACAGGGACUGGCAUGUACAAACCUUCAACAGACUCAGACCCGGCUACUGGAGGAAUGUGCUUCCGAUGCUCGGUUUCAAUAUUCUGAAUCUGAAUUUGGAAACUGUUGGCCGACGUUUGUUGCACAACAGAACACAAGCAUCUACCAGCUUCAGAUUCAACUGAAUAGCGAGGGGCAACCGUUGCCAUGGUUACGGAGUAACGAAGCAGCAGGCUCCGUGAAUCUUAACGUCACGAUACUGUGGCUGGGACAACAAACGCUUCGGCCACUUCGGCGCCGCGACGUCGUGUCAAGAAUCGUUAACAACGAGUCACCUGCUAUCCGCUUCAAACGUGCAGAAUCCGAACAACCCGUCAUCCUCCACCAAAAAGUCUAUCCAAAUGUGCUUGUGCUGAGACAAGAUGGCCAGCCAACCCUGAAUAUAACGAUUGAACCUGUGAAUGUGACCCUGAAUGAUAUCAUACAGGUGGACAUCGCAGAAGAGGGGUCCUACAGUGCUGCAUUGUGUAACAUGGGCAUCUAUUCAGAUUUGCAGUUACGGGGACACGUUUUUGCACCCUGCAAUAGGAUUAUGAUACCGAAUGAAAACAGUGAGUCCCUACAAAACCAAGAGGAGAGCGUGCCAACUUGCCAAAAAAGAUACUCUGAAUGGCUGAUAGCCAGACAGACAGUGUCAGAUGGAGACAGUUGUGCUGGGUCCGAUGUGGUGACCAGUCAAUUCCAGAAAUGUUUUGUUCCCCCUGAGGUCAGCAUUCGUCCUUCAGAGAUUGAGGAUCUAGUGAUUGGAGAGACCGUCACCAUCACAUGUAAAGCUGCAGGGUUUCCCAGUGACUAUAGCUACCAGUGGACAGUGGAUGGGGCAGUUGUACCUGACCAGAGAGAUGCUGUCUUCAGGUAUGCUGCUAUGAGUGGUGUUCACAAGAUCAAGUGCAAGGUGACAAGUUCAGGUGGUGAGACCGAGUCUGAGGACAGCACUGCGACUGUGCUUCCUGAAGGUACAAAGACGUUUGUCUCCAGUAUCAGGAUAACUGGCAGGAACUUCUCCCCUGAGUUGACCGACCCAAAUUCAGCUGCUUUCCAGAACAUCAGUACAGAGAUGAAGGAUUGGUAUCGGCAAGCUGUGGGAAAUGUGCAAGGCCAGGUAUCUAUCAGAGUAAAGGAUGCAAAACCAGGAAGUGUCAUUACAAGUCAGAACAUAAAUGUGCAGGAUUCUGUGCUCCAAGACAAGGACCUGUAUAACAGCAUCUCCAAUAAUCUGAGAACAGCUGCCCAGUCUCCUAGCUCUCUUGGGGUGGAUCCAAACAGUGUGACACUCUUAAGUGCAACAACCUGUUACAGUGAAACAGUGACUGUGACAGACCCAUCAUCCAAUGACGUGACCCUGACCUUCCCAAGCUCUACAGGAGACAAACAUGCCUACUCAACUCAAAGGUGUGCAAACAACACAGCAAGUGCUGGUAUUCCACUGGCAGUCCAAAGGUGUUUGGGAAGUUUUCAGACAGGAGUCAGCUGGGCAAGCCCUGAGCUGUUGGACUGUGGGAUGGACUUGUCUACACUGGCAGAGACCACUGUUACUGAAGGUAAUGUAGCAGAAGUUGCUGCAGAGUUACAGAUCCUUACAUCUAUCGGGGGAUCGCUUACAACAGAAAACAUCACAGAUGCUGCCACCGUCUUAGGCAACAUUGCAAAUACAAAUGGAGACGAGAAUGUUGGCUAUGCCGUAGUUGUGUCUGUUGACCAGAUAAUGAAUGCUGAUGAUGGCAUCCUGUACCAGAGUCAACUUAAGGAUCAAUCUCCUUCAAGAAUUGUACAGGCACUGGAGCAGUUCAACGAUCGUGUCAAUCUGACAACAAACCGUUUCCGCCGCAUUGAGCAAAACAUUGGGGUGGAAACUUUCCAGAUUGGAGCUGCACAACUCAUCAACAGCGUUGGUUUUGCAUCUCUUGAGGGCAGUGAAGCUCUAGAGGAUGGAUUGGUGCGAUCAUACUCUGACACAUCCUUCAUCCCUAAUGACAAAGUGGAUGCUUCCAUAGCUCUGCCUCAAGAGCUUGGAUCAGUUGUUGCUUUUCUCAAGGAAAACAUACCUGAUCCAACAGAUGUGGAGGUACGUCUGAGCUUCAUCAUCUACCAGAGUAGCCGACUGUUCCAGUCCAAUCAGACGGCUCCUUCCUCAACCGACAAGAAAACCAGCGUCAACAGCAGGGUUAUUGCCAGUAGAAUCACUGGUUUUGAACUCAAGAAUCUCCCCAACCCAGUGGUGACAAGAUACCUGCCUAUUGUUCAGAACAGUACAAAUACCACAGUGGACAACAUCAGAUGUGUAUUCUGGGACUUCAAUGCUGGAGGGGGAGGUGCCUGGUCAACAGAGGGAUGUGACUUUGUUGGGAUCGACAAUGACAGGGUGGUGUGUGAGUGCAACCAUCUCACCAACUUUGCUGUUUUAAUGGACAUCUAUGGAGGCUUGCACAGCUUUGCACUGGACUUGAUCAGUAAGAUUGGGAUUGCCCUGUCCAUCACAGGCCUAGUACUGACUCUCAUCACUUAUCUGGUAUUCAAACAACUUCGUCAGACGCGACCACAGCACAUCCUCAUAAACCUGUGUGUGGCCCUACUUGCAACUCUUAUCAUCUUCCUGGCAGGCAUCAGUGCCAUCAGUUCUCCGGUUGGCUGCACUGUUGUGGCAUUUCUGCUGCAUUACUUCCUCCUGGCUGUGUUCAUGUGGAUGGCUGUUGAAGCCUUCAACAUGUAUCUGGCCUUCGUGAAAGUCUUGGGGGCACACGUGUCUAGAUUUUUCCUCAAGGCAGCUAUCUUAGCAUGGGGUCUUCCCUUUGUUAUUGCCAUCAUCACCCUGGUUGUGGAUGUCCCCAGCACCUACCCUGAUGGACAGGAGACCUACAGGAGCACCACCUUUUGCUGGCUGCAGGGUUACCAGCUGUACUUUGGGUUCCUGUUACCUGCCGGACUGGUGCUACUGUUCAACACCAUCGUGUACAUCAUGGUUAUCUCCAAGCUGACAUGCAGGGGCAGGACUAAAGGGAGAGUUGCAGAUUCUGGAAAAUCUGCAACAAAGCAGCAGCUGCGCAUUGCCAUUGCUGUCAUGGUGCUGGUCGGGCUCACCUGGAUCUUUGGAUUCUUCAUGAUCAGUGAUGGAAGGAUUGUCUUUUCCUACUUAUUCUGCAUCUUCAACUCCCUGCAAGGAUUCUUCAUUUUCAUCUUCCAGUGCGUACGCCAAAAGGAAGUCCAGAACCUGUGGUUCAAGUGUUUUGGCUGUCCCGUGGACGAAUACCGCACUACCAAGUCAUCUGGAGGGAAGUCAUCGUCCAACCAAACUGAGUCUACUGCUGAGGGUUACUCACGCGGACAUCGGAAAAGUAGACCAGAGAGUGAUGAAUAUUCGGCUAUGAAUAUUCCUAUGAAUAAUAGGCGCAUUUAAAUCCAGCUUUCACCCUUGACUAGGUAAUCUCAGCAAACCCAUGCUCACAUGCAUGCUGGUAUAGAAUGAAACACAACUUUGUUAUUAUAAUUUUUUCACAUGAGCUGGUAGAUAUGAGAAUUGGUCUGUCAAUAUUGCAGAUUAAUGGACAUAUUUGACUGUCAUUGGCUAUAAGAUUACAUAAAGAAACAUAAAAACAGAUGACGGAGAAAUCCUUGCUCAAAUCGUAUUAGUUUAAGAAUAUUUCCAGAGAAAUGAAAGAGAUUAAGAUAACUGAUUCAAAGUCUAUUACAACUUUUUCUCUGACCUCUGUUAUUAUCUUGUUUUCAUGCUUCAUUUGUAGAAUGUCUAUCAUAUAUAUUGCAAGCUAUGCAAGGUUGUUGAAAGCUUCAGAAUGUACUGUCAAGGUCAUCAGAUGAUAUUGCAGCUGCUGUACAGGGUAAAUAGUUGAGCCUACAGUAUGAUUGAACUGAGCAUGUAUUAAGUUUCAUUAAUGAGAAUGCAUGUCAUAUACUACAGACUAUUAUGUACCAAUCUUGAAAUUUAUCUGUAUCUGUAUCUAUAUAGCCGGUAUAACCGCCGUUCGGCAUAACACACCAGCUUUGCAGGCACGCGGCGCGGCAGCAGCUGGUUAUAUUACACCGAACGACUCGUUACCCCUAACUUUUGCACAUCUAUCUGCAAGCGUUCUUUAAAACUACCAAGAGAAGAUGUACUGUACUUGGUGAUAACAAGUUCCACUCUACGAUAGUUCUGGGAAAGUACGAAUUUUUGAACACAUCCUAGGUUGGUAACUCUGGUAUUUGAAGGCAUGACUGUUCAAGUCUGUCAACUAAGAAAUUCUAUUGUGAUAACUGAUAUACAUGAUUUUAAAAAACUAAGGUGGGUUACCAAAUCUUAUCUUUUGCAUACAAGGUAUCAAGCUCUACAUUUGGCUUAUAGGUUUUUGAAAGUUUUAAAUCAAUCCAUUUUGAAGUUUUAGGCUAGGUAUAGGUGCCUAUGAGUUAUGGACGUAACGUUACACGUACAUGUAUAGUGCAAAAUGAAUAGUGCAUGUAACGUUAUAUAGAAUAUGAAAUUGAAGACUGCAUGUUUUAUUCUAACAUGUCACCCAUUGUAGCAUAGCAGGUGUAUGUAAUAUAUGCUUGGUGCAGUUAUUCAAAAUUGUCAGCACAUCAUCAUCAAAUUAGAACAUGUUUUGUACACAUUGGAAUGUACUUAACAAUCCAUCACUUGGAACAGGCAGAAUAAUCAUUAUAACAUUAAUGAGUUGUUUGGUGUACAGUACUGUCCAUGCUGAUUGAAUAGACUAUGCUCCUUUGUUAUUUCAAUAAAAUUCAAUGCAUAUCUUAA